CUGGCAGCCUCAGUCUGUCCUGAAGAAGUCAUUGCAGUAACAGACAGCGCACAUUGUGUCCUGGCUGUUAAUGCACGCGGGGCGCAGACAAAUCUUUUCACACUUGCAGGAAACGCAUGCGCGCAGAGGAAACCAACUGGUUUGUGUCAAUUCGAGGCAGACGGAUGAGAUCGAGCCAAAAAUCACCUGUAUUCUGGCAUUCAUGGUUACACAGGUGAUUGCCUCGAAUCGACCAUCAUGCGUGCGUGUGUAUCCUCCCGAGGAUGCGACUGAUGGAUGCGAUUCCUGCGGUCCAAGAGUAACAGCUUGUCGCUAUCAUUACUGCUCAUCCCGCACAGACUGAGGCAGAGGAGAGAGGAGCGCGGUUGUUGUUCAUCACAAUUUGGUUUUUGUUGCAUUCAGCAUGAACUACCAUACCGUCCAUGGGCUCAGAGCGGGUGGAGAUGCGUAAGAGGCAGUUGCAGGUUCAUCAGGAAGCAGCUGCCAGUGUCCUCCAAGAGCGCUACAGAAUGGGAAACACCCCCACCAACGCCUCAAACGCCUGCUGCUUCUGCUGGUGCUGCUGCUGUAGCUGCUCCUGUUUGACGGUUAGGAGUGAGGACGAGGCAAUACAGAGGACCACUUUUGAGCACAGACCAGAGGGAGCUACUAAUUGUGAAGAAACUAGCCUGAAGCCUACUCUGGAUGACGCCCGCUCCUGGCCCAUGUCGUUUGAAAAGGUGAUGAAAAGUGCAGCGGGUCGUGCCUGCUUCAGGCAGUUCCUGCGGACGGAGUUCAGCGAGGAGAACAUGAUGUUCUGGCUCGCCUGCGAGGAACUUAAAAAGGAGACCAAUAAGACUGUGGUGGAGGAGAAAGUCCGUCAAAUAUACGAGGACUUCAUCUCAAUCCUUUCCCCUAAAGAGGUCAGUUUGGACUCUCGUGUUCGAGAAGUGAUAAACCGCAACAUGCUGGAGCCGACCUCGCACACGUUUGAAGACGCUCAGCAGCAAAUCUACACGCUGAUGCAGAGAGACUCGUACCCCCGCUUCAUAAACUCGUCUGAGUAUGCAGAUCUGCUGAAGAGCCUGGAGGAGCCUCCCCCCGAGCCAUAGACCUUCCACUGCCACACCUAGCUUUUCUUAACGGCGCAUGCGUCCCAUCCGAAAGAGUCUUGUGUUCCUGUUGGAGUCAUGCUAUAUAGAGAAAGACAGACAGGAAAAUGAACACUACUCAAAAACGGUCUUUAUCCAGCUGUUAAAUGCGGUUUAUUCACCCAUGAUUAGCUUACCAAAACACUUGGAGCAAACAAGAACAAAUGUUUGGUCCAGCAUAAGUUACUUGUUUGAAAGCAUAUCUAUAUUUUUAUAUAUUCCCUAGCGCUUGACAUUGCACUUUUCUACCUUAUUUAAUGAGGGAAAGCAUGCAUCUGUGAGCACCGCAUUUGUAUUUAGGUAUAUAGUGAGCCUUAAUACAUAUCCAGUUCUUGUAGAAACUAAUAGGUUUUAUUUAACAGCAAUUUAAGAAGAAGGAAAGUGCCUUGGAAUAAGAUCUUCUACACUAGCACCUUUGGUCUAACAUGAAUGGUGCGACAAUGACGUCAUAUGUUGGUGCUUUCAGCUCUUCUCAAAGAUCAAAGUUUUUACAACUAGAUGAGCUGAUAAUACCUGGGAAUAGAUUUUGUCUGUGUUUCAAUACUGUGAUAUUAGUCAUAUUAUAUUUAAUUUUAACAAAAUGGGGGAAAACUGAAUAUAUGACCAUGACCACUGACAUAUUUGUGUAUUUAAAACACGGAAUUUGUGUGAAAUAGCUUAUUGAAUUUUCACAAAUUAAAUAAAGCACAAUCAUAUGUU